CGAUGUUAUGAAUAAUUGUCAUCACCUAACCAGCGAAGAUUCAUCUGCUCGCCGUUCAUAUAUUUAAAGAGGUGUAUAAUUACCAAACUACUUACAUUAACAGCUCAAAGUACACAAAUAUAUACAAGGCGUUAAUAAAGUGGACAACCAUGAUUGUUUCGCGAUUAGCGUAUCCCCUCAAUGGAGCUCUACGACAAUUAGCCCAACAAGCUGCCCGCAACAAUAACAACAUUGUUCGUCGUCAGAUGUCGGGCAUAGUUUACCGUAGCGGUGCCUUCAAGCCAAAACCUGAGGAGAUGCCCUUCGGAUUGUUUGCCAUACUAUGUGCUGUGAUUCCUGGACUCUUUGUGGGGGCCACCAUCAGCAAGAACGUGGCGAACUUUCUAGAAGAAAAUGAUUUGUUUGUGCCAUCCGAUGACGACGAUGAUGAGGACUAAGUGUGAGCAACGGGAGACAUAAAUGAAGCAAGCUCUAGUCAGAAUUGGAUAAGACAACAUCUUAGAAUCUGCUUGCCUCAGUUAACACGACAAACCAAAAACUUUACUCACUUUAACAUUUUGCAUUGUUACUACCGUAGCUCUAAGAUUAAAGAUUCAAUUUUUUGUA